AUGUCCCACAGAGGCGGCACUCACUGGACGUUGUCUACUGUUGUCGUCCUUUGUUUCCUGGCGGGGAUUGUUCCGGUGUAUCCUCUUCCAAUCAGAGAUAAUGGAACUUUACUUGAAAGGAGAUGGGGGUCGCUUUUCGCCAGGUCGCUUGGGAUGCCCGCAGAUCAGUUGGAUGUAAAGUGGAAGAACGACUAUUUGCUGGGAAUCAAGAGGCACAGAAGGCUUUACUGCAACGUCGGAAUUGGAUUUCACCUUCAGAUUCUCCCUGAUGGGAGCAUUAGUGGGGUUCAUAGUGAAAAUCCAUACAGUCUGUUAGAAAUUUCAACUGUAGAUCGAGGGAUUAUUAGCUUGUUUGGUGUGAAAAGUGACCUGUUUGUGGCUAUGAACAGCAAGGGGAGAAUGUAUGCUUCGCCUUCCUUCCAGGAUGAGUGCAAGUUUCGCGAAAUUGUGUUGUCGAACAAUUACAACGCCUACGAAUCGGAACUGUAUCACGGGGCUUACCUUGGAUUAAGCAAACAUGGGCGGAUAAAGAGAGGAACGAAAAUCUCACCCGCAAUGACCGUGACGCAUUUUCUUCCCAGAAUGUAG